AUGCAAAAAAUAGUAGUCUCAAAUAAACUUUCGCAAAUGUUUAAAACAGAAUUAGAAAAGCAAAUUGAAAAACGGUUAAUUCCUUUAGAAAAAAACACUUUAUUAGCAGCUUCUACUAUGGUAGAUCCUAGAUUUAAAAAACUACAUUUUUGCUCACCUAUUAAUGCAGCAAACGCAAUUGCUCACCUAAAAAAAGAAAUUCUGCAAGAAUUAAAACUUGAAGAUCAGAGAACAGUAAAUUUGGAUAACGACCUUUUAACUGCUUCCGAUGAAAAUGUGGUUAAUGAUAUUUGGCAGAUCCAUGAUGAAGCCGUAGCAACUGCAAGGAAGUCUAUUGAAAGUGGCAAUAGUGGGACAAAUUUUCCCACAGAAUUAAAAUUAUAUUUAGACCAACCACUUAUAAAUAGGAAAAUCGACCCAAUUCAGUAUUGGAGAGAAAAUGAAAGUGCAUUCCCAGCAACAAGUAAAGUGGCUUUUAAAUAUUUAACUAUAUUGGGAGCGUUCGUGCCAUCUGAAAGACUGGUGUCCUUAUUAAAUUUGAUAUGUACUGACCACAGAAGCAGAUUAACUCCAAGUCACACAAACCAGUUGGUUUUUUUGGGUUCUCUUGAUGAAGAGUACUGGAAUAUGUAG